AACCGAAACGGGAUUUUCCCGGCACCGGUGAAGGCAAACCUGGCUUGCAGCUUGCAGCCCCAGGGGGCGCCAGAGCUGAUGCGCGGGCCCCGCCUCCCCCUACUCCUACGGCAUUUACAAGGCCUGAUGACAGGCCACCACCAAGCGCAGCCAUUGCCAAGCACAGGAAGGCUGCCAUGAGGAUCUUGAAGAGAUCCGCAUUAACCCCGGACCUAUGUAGCAGGGCGCUGCCCUGUCACGUGGAAGAGAUCCGGUCGGAGAUAGCGUGGGCAAUGACGAUAGUGCCCGACUAUCAGCUGCCGGUGCUCGGAGAGCCACCAGCUGCGGAAAAGCGCAAUAGAUCGAUGGAGGUUGCGCAAAAUAAGUCGAAAAGAGCCAGGACGCAAGGCCCCACCUUUGCUGAGGUAGCCAAAAAUCGGAUCCUCCUGGGUGUGCUCGAUGAGAACCAGGGAGACGAAUUGGCACUGAGAGCUCAUUGGAAAUGGGUUAAAGCGGAAUUGGCGAACAUCUGCGUCAGCGUGCUUCGGGAGCACCCCGGACCACCUCCGAUAUGCCGGGACGCAGGUUGGUUCCAAGGUAACGUAAAGAUCGUCGCGUGCGACGAUGAAAGGUCGGCGGGCAUGUACAAGAAGGCGAUGGCCAUGCUGGGAGAGGUCUACCCCGGAGCGAUGCUACGGGCUGUGGACUUCAAGGACAUCCCAUCCAGGCCCAGAGCAAGGGCAUGGAUACCGGCCAAACCGACCGAACCAGAGAGAGUGCUUGAGAUUAUAAGGCUCUUUAAUCCCGAGUUACCCUCUCACAAUUGGAAGGUGGUGCGGCUAGAGCACAGCACAAAGGCGACUCGUCAGGCGGUCCUUUUGCUAAAUAAGGAGUCGUUGCCACUCCUCGAAAAGACUGGGGGCGUCAUCAAUUACGGUUUCGACACCGCAAAGAUAAGGGUGUACACGAACGACGUGAACGCAGCAAGAGGCAACGAAGUUGAGCCGGAAGCAGACAACAGCGAGGAUGAGGUGGACGAGGAAUCCAACCAGGCCAAUCCGAUGGAUGACCUGGCUGGUGGAUACGCCUCAUCUACAUCCUCUCUGGGUGUCGACCAUAUCUUCCGGCAAUACACAGAAGAGGAGCUGAUGUCAGAUGACGACGAGGCGAACUCAACAGUGGUGGAGGGGGUGGGAAGGUGCGGCCAAGAUGGUUCGCGUCCUCCAGAUUAAUCUCCACCACAGCAAAGCAGCGUCGGCUGCACUGCUGCUCCAGCUCUCCAAGGGGGCAGCAGACAUCGCCCUCAUCCAGGAGCCUUGGGUGAUAGGGCAUGGAAUAUGCGGGCUGAAGUCGGCAGAGCACACUUUGAUAAGUGGAGCUACCAUAGUUCAGUGACGAGGACACCACCACCAUCAGUCUGGAGGCGAACGGACGACAAAUAAGGCUUGCCUCGAUGUAUCUGGCACAUGACAGGCCUGUUCCAACCCUACCGGUCGAACAUUUAGUGGAGCGCUGGGACGGGGCCCUGAUUCUAGGAGGUGAUGCAAAUGCACACCAUAGCACAUGGGGAAGUGGAGACAUCAAUGAACGGGGUGAGUCACUCUUUGAAUUCAUACUAAAAUCUAACUUAGUUAUAAGUAAUAGGGGUAGCGAGCCUACCUUCAUAACGAAGAGCAGAAGAGAGGUCCUGGAUGUUACCCUCGUCUCAGAAGAUGCGGAGGUCAUGAUCAGGAACUGGAGGGUGCUUGAUGAGCAUUCCUUCUCUGAUCAUCGCUUCAUCCAAUUCGACUUAGACGGGGUCCCGUCCAAGGUACCUGCCAAAAGAAAUCUAAGGAAAGCCGACUGGCAUAAGUACA